AACGCCGCGGCCGCCACCGCUGCCGCCGCCGCAGCAGUAGAGGACCCGCGCUGGUUCGCAGGCGAGAGGCAGUUCUCCCCCUCUGAAAGUUCCCACGGAAAAGCUACCAUCUCCCAGCCCACCAUGGCAGAUGAAAUUGAUUUCACUACUGGGGAUGCUGGGGCUUCCAGCACGUAUCCUAUGCAGUGCUCGGCCCUGCGCAAAAACGGCUUCGUGGUGCUCAAAGGACGACCAUGCAAAAUAGUGGAGAUGUCAACUUCCAAAACUGGAAAGCACGGGCAUGCCAAGGUUCACCUUGUUGGAAUUGAUAUUUUCACGGGCAAAAAAUAUGAAGAUAUUUGUCCUUCUACUCACAACAUGGAUGUUCCAAAUAUUAAAAGGAAUGAUUAUCAACUAAUAUGCAUCCAGGAUGGUUACCUUUCCCUGCUGACAGAAACUGGUGAAGUUCGUGAGGAUCUUAAGCUGCCAGAAGGUGAACUAGGCAAAGAAAUAGAAGGAAAAUACAAUGCAGGUGAAGAUGUACAGGUAUCUGUCAUGUGUGCAAUGAGUGAGGAAUAUGCUGUGGCCAUAAAGCCCUGUAAAUAAAUGGGAACAUCAGGUGUGAGCACACUGUUUAGGUCUGGAUCAACUACAGAUCUAAAGUUUGGUUCCGAGUUGUCACCAAAGCCAUGGCCUUCAUAAGCAACCUCAUUUCUUUCUUUAAUUGUUUUGGACUUGUGCUGAAUUCAUUUGCAGGCAAUUGGUAAUUUUUUUUUAAAAAUCAAAAUGUAUGAUUCAUUUUUUAAUUUUGUAGGUGUCUUUCUCAUAACAUUCCUAUUGUUUUCUGUGAGUCCAAGCAACAGACAAGAUAGCUUCAGCAGAUGUGAUUUGUUUGAGCAACUCAUCCGUAAAUUUUAAUUAAAUGAUAAAUAAACCAGGGUUUUAAAUCAAACAAUGUAGCAUCUAAUGGUAGUGAAGUACCACAUUUAAGUUGAAUUGUUCUGCAUCAAUUUCAAGCUUAAAUCAUAGAAUAAGAAAAUUAUUGAUUGGCAUUUUCAGUUUCAACCUGGCAAGGACAAAUCCAUAAAAAAAAAAA